UGCUAUAGAUAUAAAUAACUGGAUUUUCUCCUACAGUAAAAAGAAAACUAAAAAGUGGUUCUACUUCUUCUAUUGUACUUCGUUAAAACGAAACUCAGAAACACUAUCACCAUCACUUAUGACUUAAACCUUCUGAAUUUGAUUGAUGAGCGUUGCAAUUUCGUAAAUAAAAAAUAAAUAAGAAAUGGGAAAAUGGAAUUAUCGUCCAUCGCGUAGGUUCUUCCCCCUUCGUAGAUCUCCCAAUCCUCCUCCCAUUUUCUACGACAUCAAAGCCCCUCUUCCUGAGUAUCGGCACGAUGGAAUACCUUUGUGGGAGAAGAAAUACUGCACUUUGAUGGGACGUGUACCAUGGCAGAAGAUUGUUGAUUCCAAAAAGUUGAUCUACUGCCAUAACAAUGUGCUCAAUUGGAAGGACUCAGCUGCCGAAGAAGCAUUUCAAAAUGCCAAAAAACGUUACUGGGAUAAAAUCAACAGCCUUCCAUGUGAUAUUUCUCUGCCUGAUCCAGAUGCUUAUAUUGAGCAAAUAGAUUGGAAUCCUUGCAUUGAUCCAGAACUGAUAAAGGAAUUAGAUAAGGCUUUCUUUACUCUGCCCGACGAAGAACAAGAGAAUGUGAUAAAAAAUAAAAGAACGAAAAUUUCAGUUGAUGGUGAAAAUCCUUGGGAAUGUGCCGCAAAACCUUUUAGCAGAGCUUCUGAAAAUAAUGAAGUUCAAUGGCAGAACCAGGGCGAUUAUCAUGAUAAUUCUGAAAAUGCGGAUACUACUGACAAUCCUUGGGAGAGUAAUGGCAUUCGUGGAAAUGGAGGACUAAUCAGCAAUGCUGGGGAAGGUGGUCAUGUUAAAUCUUGGGGUUGGAAUGAAGGAAGGGACGAUAAUAAUCAGUGCAAAGAUUGGAAUUCUGGAUGCUUACAGAUAGAUAAAGGAUGGGGCAAAACUAACGAUAGUGCUUGGUGCCAGCAGCGGUCAAAUAAUUCGCCUAAUAUUGGCAACUCUUGGGAAUACAAGUCUACUCAACAGAAUGUAAUUCCAACAAACACAGGAUGGAGAAACAAUGACACAAAUGUGUCAAGAUGGAAGCCACAAGAAAAACCUUAUGUUUCAAGUGAUUCCCAAUUUAGAAGAAACAUUGGAGGUUGGACUGCUGGGAAUCAUAGAAACCAGAUUAGGGAAGGCUCUAAUAGACAUGAUUUAGGCUAUAAUGGAUCUCAAUUUCAAAGAGAUGAUAGUCAAACAGGUCAUUACUGGAGGAGGGAGCAAAGUAGAAAAAGGGAUUUUCGCUCUUAAUAGUUAGUUAUUACUUAUAACACCAUACUGUGCCAUGUUUUUUGAUCGACAAUAGUACUUGUUUUUUGUUAAUACUGAUCAAUAUUGAUAUAUGCCAGAGGGUUACUGUUUGUCUGGAUUUUGGGAGAAGCUGGUUACUGGGUGCAAACGUAUAGGGUAUUUGCUAAGGAUUCUCAAAAACAAGAAAUUUGGGCUAUUGACUUUAUGCUUGAGGUGUAAACUUUGUUUCACAGUUUGGUCCUCUACUGAGAAAUUUUUUGGGUUUUUCUCUUGCAUUUUGGUUAGUAGAGAACACUGUUCAGUAUCAUGAGGUGACACCAACACUCAUUUAGGUGCUUUGUGCAAUGCUAAAGCUCUUGUGCUUUUGGUUGAUCUUUGGACAAUGAAUCAUUAAAGCUUCCUUGCAACUCAACACCUUAUUUUGUUUUGAUCUUUUGUAGGCUGUGACAAUAGGUAGUUUCUUCUCUCGCCCUCUAAUGUUCUCAAAAGCCCUCUAAAUUGUGUCUAGAUUGACCAAUCCGGAUGUGUAAAAUACACGUCUGAAUUGGCCAAUCCGAGCGUGUUUUUUGAGAUUUUUGAGAACAUUGGAGGCGAAAGUAGAAACCGCCGCGACAAUAUGGAUGUUCUCUUCUAAAUUUUGAGAAGGGUCAUUUAGCUAACCUUUGCUUGUAUUGUAGCUUGGAAACUUGAUGUAUAUCAUUGACCCAAAGUUGAAUAUCUGAAUGAACUCAAUAUGAUUGAUAGUUUAAUAGUGUAGUAGUUACUAUGUUGGCAUGUA